GCGACGAUACGCUGUUUACAGGAUAUCCCGUUAGAACUGUGAAAAGCAUCCGAUAACGUUGCUCUCACAGCGGUGUUUUGGAUGAGGAGUUUGAUGAGAUUUUGGCACUGACGGAUUAAUUUCCAAAGUGAUGAUAAUUAAAAGAAGAGGUUAUGAGAUGAUUCCGCUUUGGUUCAUCAUUUUGGUUUUCCUUGCUGUGCUAGUACUUGGCGACAGAUCUAACCGAAGAUUUAGAGGUCCCAACUUCGUCCACGAGCCAUUAGAAACUGUAGAAUUCUCAAACUCUACUGGUGCUGUGAUUUCCUGCUCAGCUCAAGGUUAUCCCGAACCAUCUAUUCGUUGGGAAAGGAGAGAUGGAACUCCUGUGUCAACUAUUCCUGGCAUACGACAGAUAAGACCAGAUAAUUCACUGGUAUUUUUUCCGAUAAAUACCGAUCAAUAUCGGCAGGACGUUCAUGCUGCUGUUUACCGUUGCAUAGCCUCAAAUAAAGUAGGCACAAUAAGAAGUCGAGACGUUGUUAUAAAAACAGUUCUACAGCAAUCGUACGAAGUCCAUGUCUCUGAUCAUUUUGUUAUCAGAGGCAGCACAGCGAUUCUCCAGUGCCAAAGCCCACCUGCUGUACGACCUUUUAUAAAAGUGAUGCUAUGGCUUCGGGAAGAUGGAGUUAGUAUCGGCUCUCCUGGAACAAUAGGUGACAAAUUCAAUAUAUUGCCAACUGGGGAAUUGCUCGUGAAGAGUGUCAUUCCAAGUGAUACUUUAAUUGGUUAUCAAUGCCAAGUUCAUCACCGAUUGAUUGGGGAAAGUAAGCUUAGCUCUACUUCAGGAAAAAUUAUUAUUAGAGAGCCUCAUUCGUCUUUACCGCCUACAAUAACAGAAUCACGGCCAAUCGUAAGAGCCCGAGAGGGUGAAAGAGUAUUCCUUCCCUGUGUGGGUCAAGGAUAUCCUACCCCUAGUUACAGGUGGGGAAGAAGAGAUGGUGAUAGGAUAACUUCAUUCCACUUGGGAGAAAGGAUUCUUCAGAAAGAUGGAAUACUCAUAAUACAACAGGCAGCUAUCCAAGAUACAGGAGUGUAUGUCUGUGAACUGAAUAAUUCGGUUGGACAAGAUAAAGCAGAAACGAAGCUGUUAGUGUCAGCCCCAUUGUCGGCGAAAAUCGAUCCGGAAUCGCAGACGGUGGAUGUCGGAAAAAUGGCCACUCUCAGCUGUCGUGUGAUGGGUCACCCAGUUCACUCUGUCGUCUGGUUGAAAAAUGGCAGCCCAUUGGUGGCGAACGGUCCCAUCAAGCUUGUCUCCAGGGACAUACUGCAAAUCAACCCUAUUCGAAGGGAAGAUUCAGGAAUGUAUCAAUGCUUCGUUAGCAAUGACCAGGAAGUCGUGCAGGGAUCAGCAGAACUAUUUGUGGCUGAGGACGCCCCCACUUUCACAUACGUCUUCUCGGAACAAGCUGUACACCCUGGAACAUCGGUGUCCUUGAAAUGCUCUGCUUCCGGAAACCCUCUGCCUCAAGUAACUUGGUUGGUAGACGGAUUCGCAAUCCCUGAAGCCUACCAUAUCAGGGUAGGUGAUUACGUAAGCGACGAACGGACAGUCAAUAGCUAUGUCAACGUAUCCAGCGUCACAGUGGAGGAUGGUGGGACGUACCAGUGCGUGGCUCAGAAUGGGGUCCAAGUAAUUAAUCAUUCCAGACGUCUCAAUGUCUUUGGUCCGCCCUUCAUACGGCCAAUGAGGAACCUCACAGCGCUGGAUGGUCAAAUCAUCACAGUGCACUGUCCAGUUUCUGGUUACCCAAUUACCAAAGUGUAUUGGGAGAGAGAUGGAAGACCUUUGCCUCACAAUCAUAGACAGAAAACCUUUCCCAACGGAACUUUGGUCAUUGAGGAUCUGCAGAGAUCACGUGAUGGCGGGAAAUAUCAUUGCGUCGCCGAAAAUAACAGAAGUCGAACAGCAAGAAGAGAUGUGUCGUUAAACAUAAUGGCUCCGCCAGUCGUUGAACCAUUCGCAUUUGCUUCCGGUUUAUCUGAAGGCAAGCGAGCCACAGUCACUUGUGUGGUGUCCUCAGGGGAUCUCCCGAUUCGCAUUUCUUGGAUGAAGGAUGGCCACCCCCUUCCAGACGACUUAAGAGGCUCCAUUAGUACAGUUAACGAGUUCACUUCCACUUUAUCUUUUAGCAGCGUUUCUCAGAUCCAUAAUGGGAAUUACACUUGCAUUGCUUCCAAUCCUGUAGCUUCAAGAAACCACACGGCGACCAUGAUUGUAAAAGUUCCUCCUAAGUGGAGAACGGAGCCAUCCGAUAAGUCAGUGGUGAUGGGUCAACCAGCUAUGUUUGAUUGCCAAGCAAGUGGAUAUCCUGAUCCAGUGAUACGUUGGAAAAAAUCUGCAGAGGGCUCAAAGACGCAGUUUCAAGUGAUCAUUAGCAACGAAAAUGUUCAAAUCUUGGAAAACGGCUCUCUUAUCAUCAAAGAAGCCUCGAAAGAAGACAGCGGACAUUACAUGUGCCAGGCGACUAAUGAUGUCGGAUCUGGUCUAAGCACUGUUGUCUAUCUCAAAGUUCAUGUUGCUGCUCAUUUCAAGGACAAAUUUAAAGCAAUUACUCUUACCAGAGGUCAAAGUGCAACGCUCACCUGCAGAGCAAUUGGUGAAAAACCUUUGGCGUUAUCAUGGGCCAAAGACAGGCAUCCCUUUGAUCCAUCUUUUGAACCAAGAUACUCGUUCGAAGAAAGGAUAUUCUCAGAAGGGAUGGAAGCCACGAUUAAAAUAUCUUCAGCUAACAGAAAGGACUCCUCACUUUUUACUUGCAUAGCUCAAAAUGCGUAUGGAAAAGAUGACACCAAUUUCCAAGUUAUAGUGCAAGAGCCACCGGAUCGUCCUGCAAGUGUGGAUGUCACAACGAAAGGGAGUCGGUCUAUAUCGAUUACCUGGUCCGCCCCGUACAGUGGAAACAGUCUCAUUUUGAAGUACAUUAUAGAGUACAAAUCAGCUAAAGAGCCAUGGACGCUUGCCAAAACAAUUGCGAUAGAUUCUUCAGACAUAAUGCAUACAAUACAGGGACUGGUGCCCCACACGACAUACCACAUUCGGGUGAAAGCAGAAAAUGCAGUAGGAAGCGGAGAUUUUAGUGAACCGAUAACUGUGCUCACAGACGGAGAAGCUCCAAGUGGCCCACCAAAGGAUGUUCGAGCCAUAGCUACAAGCUCAAGAAGUAUCCAAGUAACAUGGAAGCCUCCAUUGAAGGAAGAUAGCUUGUCUCCAAUAGAUGGUUACUAUGUUGGUUACAAAAGCCGUAACAGUGACCAAUAUGCCUAUAAGACACUAGAGACAUCUCUCGGCGGACUUCUGGAAUGCGAAAUAACGGAUCUCAACAAGAACACAAAAUACAAGGUUAUCGUUCAAGCCUUUAACAAUAAAGGAGCAGGGCCGCCUUCAGACGAAGCUCAAGUGCAAACUCUAGAGUUUGAUCCACCUGGUGCACCGACACUUCGAUUAGUUUCAGCCACAGCUUCGUCCAUUCAUCUAGCCUGGGAAAUGAAUGAGGAGAAUACUAAUCCUGUAUCAGGAUUCAUCUUGUUUCAAAAGUCUGAAGCCCCAGAAUGGGAAGAAGUUCAACUCUCAGAAGAGAGAAAUAGUUACGUUUUCUACGGUCUUCAAUGUGGAAUGAGAUAUCAAUUUUAUUUAGUCGCCUUCAAUGUUGCUGGCAGAGGCCAACCCAGUGACGUCAUUUCAGCCAGAACUGAAGGUACUGUGCCGAUAGCCCCAGUGAGAGAAAAUCUCCUGACAAUAAAUUCCACAUUCAUCAUCAUCCACCUCAUUAGCUGGAAGAGCGGGGGCUGUGCAAUCAAUUUCUUCGCCGUUCAAUACAAGCCACUCAACCAGCCGGAGUGGAUCCUACUAUCGAGUAAUGUGUUGCCAGAGCAAAAGACGGUCACCGUCACCGACCUGACCCCAGCCAGUCAUUACAUGCUACUUAUGACUGCCCACAACGAUGCUGGGACGACUGAGGCUGAAUAUCAGUUUUCGACUCUCACGCCGUGGGGAGCAACAGUUCCCCCAAUAACUUCAAUUCUUGACAACGAUAGAGAACUUUUCCAACAGCUGAAGAUAAUUAUUCCAAUAGCCUGUACUACUGUAGUGUUGGUGCUUAUUAUCACUGUAGCAUGCGUUGUUUUAAUUAGAAGGCGGAACUCUAAUCCAGAAGAACCUCAACAAGAGCGAGAGAUCUCCAAACCCGUCGACACAGUGCCAAUGACCGUCUGGGAGAAAUCCGGCAGGGGAGAUACCAGGCUCUCCCACAGUAGGGAGCAGCUGUACUUUCCUGCACCCUAUGCCACCUCACGAAUUUCCAUGUAUUCCGCAGACGGCGACCCGGAAGCUGCCCACCACCAGCAACAGCAGCAGCACCACCAUCACGAGCAGACCCACAACACGUGGAGAUCGGAAGAGCGGGAACACACGUACGACGUUCCCUUCAUGCACAGACAGAAUAUCAUCGUCGACGAAGAGGCCGGUGGACCGGAAGGACGUGAAAUUGGAUACCAGAUAGGCAGGCAUUUGUACUUAAACCCAGCGGUGGUAGAGCUUCCUCCAGAUGGAACUCUGCAGACUCACGACUUAGCUCUAAUACGAGAAAUUGCCGAAGCCAAAGUCCAAUCCUAUCUGUACUCCAAAUCCCCUAGACGGUCAAACUACAACAGGUCUUCUAAACACCACCAUCGCUCAAGAAGAAUUAGAAGGAAUGUUAUAAGACGGAGUGAAAUGCAAAGCGAGACGACAGAGGACACUGUGUAUUACAUCAGCGAUGCGGAGACCUCCCCUAGUCCUGGGGAGUCCUUCGAAUUCUCUGAAGCAGAAUGUGACAUGCAUCUCCGUCUUGCGAUGGAAGAGAGGCCUGUCUGACAGCCAAUCCAUUCCCCGAACGGACAUUGCCUGCCUGCGUGAGGUGUUAAAAAAAAAAGAGCUCAAGUUUCCAUCUGCACAGUUAAU